GUUCCCUCCUUUGAAUUGUUUACAAAAAUGAAAUGCAAAUUUCUCACAAUAACCACACAAAUGCAACGUCAACGCAAACAAGCGCACCAACGAAAGAACCAACACUGAUGAAAUAUUGUUUCUAAAAAUAUGUAUAUAUAUGAGAACAAUCGUUGCUUUUACUUAGUAGUUGUGCAUGUCGACCAGCGUCUCUUCCCUCCAUCCUUCUGUCAGCUAGCCGGACCUCGCGCUAGCCGAUUGGUUUCAUUUCAUUGUUAGAAUGCCGGAAGUCGGUCUGUUAUUAAUCUUUAAUUUUUUUUAGUGGAAACAUCGUCUCGAUUACGCGAGUUGGUCCGCCGGUGCUGCUGCUCGCGCUUCAUUACAUGAUGUAUGAUGCACGUUGAGUGUGUGAGUGUGUGUGUGUGUGUGUAUACACAACAUUGUGUGUGUUCCUGUGUUACAGCUGCAUGUGGCCGGGCGGCGUGUGCAAAGCAUCAGCAUGGAGAUGUUGAAGAUCGAGCAGGUCAUCGUGGGGAACGAGAGGAGAUCCGCCCCCGCGGAGAUCAAGUCCGAGCCCGUGGUCACCCCUCUGCCGUCCUAUCAGCAUGAGAGUCUGCAGUGUUUCCAGUGCUUCAUCACCUUCUCUGAUGCCAAAGCCAAAGAGAGACACAUGAGGAAGAGUCACCGGGACCAAUACAAAAAGCAGCUGCAACAGACUAAUACACUCUUUACUUGUUACAAGUGUGACAAGUGCUUCUCCUCCUCUGAGGAGCUCACCCAGCACCAGGACUCCCACAGCACAGAGGAGACGCCCUUCCUCUGCUCUUACUGCCAGAAAGGCUUCUUUACCUUCACUGAGCUGAACAAACACAGACGACAUGAAUGCUUAGAACGACGGUGUCCCUGCAGGGACUGUGGGGCCCUGUUUCCCAGUCCCUCUCGACUUCGCAACCAUCGCGUUUCGGUGCACCCACAGCGCCCGGCGGUGGCUGAUGACAUCAACACCUACCAAUGCUGCAAAUGUGGUCAUGGUUUCCAGACAGAAGAAGAGCUCCUGCAGCACCAGGAGAGAUUUGCUAAUGAUCUGUAUUGUGAAACUAAGCCGCCAGGGAAAAAACGUGGCCGAAAACCGAAGUACGUUGCUCAAGGCAUGACGGUUGAGGUCAAGAAAAUCAAACAAGAGGAGGAAGAAGUGGGAUGCAAAGGAUAUGAUGACACUCCACCAGAGGAAUGUCAAUCCGACGAGCUGCAACCAGAGCUCAAGAUACCCUGUCCUGAAGCUAAGUGUGACCUCAUAUUCCCUUCUGUUGCAGCCCUGCGGGCACACAAGAGAGGGGAGCAUGGGCUUCCUCUUCACAAGACUGAGGCAUGCACAGAGUGUGAUGAGAGCGCAGCUCAACCUGAGCAGCCCAAAGUACACAUGACCAGGGCUCACUGCUCUGGACACACCUGCCCCACCUGUGGAAAGAGUUUCGCAUGUGAGAGUACUCUAAAGAUCCACCAGAACACACACACUGAGGAUGAGAAGGCAGCAGAAGAAAGAUAAUAUAUGUGGGGUAGAGACUGCAACUUCAUCCUAAAACACUCACUUACAAUAUUCUGUAUUGUAGGAAGAUUUUUAUGUGAAUACUUGAGGUAACGCAACAUGGUGGAAUUAUUAUUUUUCAUUUGCUUUAAGAAAGACAUCUUACACUUGUUAUUUGUUUUUUACUGCCCAUAUUACCUCUGUUGACCCUGAGAUGUUUUAUAUACUUUGUAUAGUAACUAGUUAAUUUUCCCUCAAGUGUGGGAAUGUUUUGUAUUUAAAUGUAUUUUUUUUUCUAUUGUCUUUUUUCCAUUUCUUUCAGGAAAGCUCGUAAAAGUGACAAUUACAUGGAGGAUGUACGUUAAGCCCUUAACAUAAUGAAAUCCCAAAUCUGACAGAUGGGCUAGUGUAUAGGAUUCUACACUAUGGGAUUAAAAUUGUGUAAUCUCUGGGUCUUAUUUUUCUUCCCAAAAGAAAAUAAUUGUUGCAUUAAACAAUACGUACAUUUC